AUGGCACCUACCGAUGAGAUUUUCCAACUCGUGUUUUUGUGCCAGCUUUGGCAGUGCACUCGCAGGGCACUGGCUCUUCAGGAGUUGGAACGACCGUACCCGCCCGGCAUCUUCUGCUUGAAGCCAUGGAGUGAGAACUUCACCGAGUGCAAGAUCCGGAAGCCUGCGUGCAAGGAAUCGGAGGCAUGGAAGUACGAGUGGAGCGACGGACCUUUAAUGUCAGCCAAGGAGCUGUGCGCCUUGGUGCCAGCGAAGGCAAAUGUCACCUUUGUUGGCGACUCCCUGCUGUACCAGCUCUACACGUCGCUUCAAGCGCGAGUCACGCAUGCGAAGCGGCCGCCGAGUUGCAUGGCGCGCUUCGCGUGGAAGCAGAACUUCCCAGUGUGGGCGAUUUGCCCGGGAGCGGGUAAGAAUUGUGAGCGGCCUCUGCUAUCCUAUGUGCCACUGGAUGCACGGGCCCAGCCAUGUGUCAAGAGGAUGGAGGAGAAGCCGGAGAACUUUUGGAUGAAACCGAUGACUUCGAAAGCGUUUCUGGACAAGUUCCGCGGUGCUUCGGUGGUUUUCUUCGCUCUGAAUGCGCAUUUUGCACAUGUGCGCAGGUUCUUGCAUGGGUGCUACACCAACAUCUCCUUACCUGGAGACGCAGCAGCAGAAUUAGCCACGCGGGAUGCCACGCGGCUUUGGCAGCAGCUCGUCGCGGAGCAAGCCCGGCUUCUCGCGCUGAAAAAGAUUCGGGUCUUCUAUGUGCCCGCCCGCCGGCCUGGCACUUUUUGGGCGCUGAACCAUGAUGACCCGGACGCGACUCCCAUCCGCUGCCCCUUGCUCCAUGCGGCUGAUCUGCUAACGACUGGCCAGGCCAACAAUUACACUGAUUUCUACAUGCACGACCACCUCACGGCGAUCGACGACAGGAACGUGGCAGCUUUUUUGGCAGCUGGCCACAAGGUGAUCACUGGACUGGAUGCCAUGCUAGGCGUCCGCAUUGAUGCUUAUCCAGCCUCCAACUGUGCGCCCUGCAACUUCGCCGGAAAAGGGUACAAAGACGCUCUUCACAUGUGUCUCCCUGGGGCACCAGACUAUGCCCUCGAUGUUAUACUUCGACAGGCAUUUGGCACGACGAGGCCGAUGUCCCCUUAUGGGCAAACUACUUUGGGGCCCAAGUGCUCUGUCCAGGCUUUUCCGAACCGGAACAGGUCGCGCAAGGAGCCUUCCUGGCAGGAUCUGAGACCAAUGCCGGCUUCUUGGUUGAGCAGCACAGGAACGAUGGUAGUGAUCGGGCCAAUUGGCUUCUUGAUGGGUCUUGCUGUCAAGUGCCCCUGUUGCGCUGGUUCUACGGGACGGACCUGA